AUGGCAACUUCAAGCACAAGCACAUCGAAGAGUAUCAAGAAGGUAGGCAAGGAGAAUGCACCUCCUUCUCGAUCGACGAAGAAGACCGACAUGGAGGAAGCCGGGGACGAAAUAGGAGGUGUAUCGGAAGAAGAUGACGUUCCGAGGAAAGCGAAACCAGUAGCUAAAUCUCAGACAUCAAAGCCAUUACAACCUGCGAACGGGGAUGAAGACGAUAUCAAAGAGCUGAGGAGGAAGUUGGCCGCGGUAACAUCAGAAAGAGAUCGAUAUCGUACACAACGAGAUACCUAUUCGUCCCAAUUUGAAGAAUUGACCAAAUCACGUACAGAGGGUGAAGGGCUGUUUGAGAAGUAUAAGCAGAAGGCGGAUCUACAGGCGAAAGCUCAAAAUGAUAUCAUAGCUGCCCAGACUGCCUUGACCGAGAAAUUUCAGGCUAAAGUGAAAGCACUCGAAAAAGCUUUAUCAUCGUCACCAUCUACUAAUCCAGAUAAGGAAUUGCCAAUCGCGGGUGGACCUUUCGAUUCUGGGUCUGGUUCUGGAAGAUCGGAUGUAAAAGAUUCGAAAGCUUUGAAAGAUGAAUUGACAAAGCUGAAGAAUGAUAAUAAAGCCAAAGAUACCGAGCUACUAGAACUUCAAAAGCAGAUUCAAGCCGAGGUGACCUAUUCGAAAUCCCUGAUCGAGAAACAGCAACUAAAUUCAUCUACCAACAAACACCCUUCGUCUAACGCUGCCGUCAAUACUUCAGCCGAGGAAGCUGCCAAGGACGCAGCCAGUUUGGCGUUAUACGAAGAUCUGACGCUGUUGAAUAUUACCAAUGUUAAGAUUAGACCUGCUAGGAUAGGGAAGGAGGAAAUAUUCAAUUGUUUGGUGUGUGUGGAUGGAAAGAGUCUAAAUUUUAAACUCCGAUGUUACCUCGAACUCGAUAAAUCCAACCCAUCUCAACCGAAAUAUAACAAAUCAGUCCAUUAUCAGCCUGAAUUACUCCAACAUGAAUCUGAAGAAUUCAUCAAACAGUUGGAUUACUUUGCCAACGAAUUCGUCGUACCGAGAGAUCAGCUGGGUGGGUUCUUCAUGGAGAUGAGGGCGAAAGUGAGUGGCGAGGAGGAGUAA